GAAAAACAUUCCACAUAAAAAAAAUUGAGAAGUGGAAGCAGAAAAUGUCAAAAAAACGUGCAAAAGGAAAUACGUAAGAAGAAGAAUCCUUUUACUGAAAACUUUUGUCAUUUGCAGUUGUGAUUUCUGGUAGUCUGGAAAUCCGCAUAAGCAGAACCAGAUUAUUAUUUCGUUAAAACCUGCAUAAAAUCUAUCCAUAUCGACUUACAGAGAAUGAAGACUACCCAAAUUGCGAGAUACGCCAUUCGUUUGAACUACGGACAGGUAAAUGAAGUUGCCAACCCGAAAUCAACCGAUCGCAACACGGUCAGAUCUGCAGCUCUACUAGCUGUGCUGGGAAUCGGCUUAUCGUCGUUCAGCAUGAAGCAGAUGCUAAGUCAGCAAACAAAGAGGAAAUUCUAAACGAUACAUGGAAUCGCCCGGUCGCAUCUGGAGAGAUGACAAAAACUAACCAAAAUGAGAGCUAGAAUGUGACUGCCGAUUGUUGUUUGUGAGAUUUUUUUUUUUGAAUGUGAGAUUUAGUUUAUCACCUAUUUGCAUGCGUAUGGCUCUUGUUAGCGUUGCUGAGAAGGAUCAAAGAAGGUUAGCUGCAUUAUAAUUUUCUUGGUGUCCCAAUAGAGACCGGCGGAACGAUGUGUUGAUAAUUGUAUUUGUUCUAGCAUUAGUAGCAGUUUUCCAAUUCAUUUAUUUCGUAAGAUUCGUGAUUCCUCACCGGCCAAUAUUUGCCAUAUAGAACAAUGCAUCUAGCAGAAAUAUGUUAAACAAGGCAAAGGAUUAACAUUUAUCUGCAUAUAUUUCAAAAUUGAACCCAACAUUGUGAUCUCAACCAGCUAUAAUGCAUGUAACAAAACGGUCUUUAGAUUUUUAUAACUUUUGUGAUGCAGCGGAUUAGUUUAGUAUUUAUUGAAUGCAUUAUAUGAAACAUAAAAACGCAAAAAGACCAAUUGUUGCAUGAUUGUGUCAGUUGAGGUACUUUUCAGGGCUAAAUUAAAAUUUGCGUAGAAAAAAUACAUACUACUGACGAAUUUCAUUGAGCGAUGCUGUAUAUUAUACAGAAUACUGAUGGACUUGACACAAUGCAAUGCAAAAAUGAUAUCAUUUAAUUUGAAUUGAAUGACAACCACAAAUAAACGACAAUUGUCGCUUGCGAGCGUGAAUUACAA